AAGCUAUGAUUAAAUUGAUCAUUAUAAAAAAAAUCGAUUUAAAUUGAGGAGGUGUAACGACCCGGUAGUUAAAAAAAGAGUGGUUGAAAGUCCAAGGACAAACCAACCAAACGAGUUACUCAGAAUUUAAAAUGAUAAUUAAAAAAGUUUAUCACUAACUGAGACAUAAUGAAAUCUACUCAUAAAAUGGUUCUAGACGUUUUUAUAAAAGUUAGAUACAAUUAGAUUAGGGCGAUUAGGCAAAUUGAAUUAGUAGCUUUAGCUAGCACAGGAUGCUAGCGUUGUUGCUAGUAUGUCUGUUCAGAUCAUGUGCUGUAAUGUGUGUUUGUUCUGUUUUGUAUGAGUUUAUUUUCUAUUGGAAUCUAAAUUGUUGAAACUAAAGAACUACAGAGUAAAUUUAGACCAUCACAAUAGUUCAUUACUUCAGGCAUGUGACUUAUAAACCUGAAUAUUGCAAGUUUAAAAACAUCAUAGAAUAAGUUAUUGUAAAUGUUUAAAGUAAACUUGCUAUCAAAAUAAUGAUUUUUUAACAUUUAAAAGUUUAAAAAGACAAAUUAAUUAUGUAAUUAAUUACGUAAUUAAUAAUAAACAUAUUAAGUCUUAAUUUAUUUUAGAGGUAGAUUGAUGGAUAUUGCCCUCAAACUUUGAAAAAGCAGAAAUCACGAUCCAUCUCCAAACUUCCAAAAAUGACGUCACUUGUGUCUGCUCUAUUCCCUAACAUUGCCAGCACAGAGAGACUUAUUCAGAUUUUAACAACGAUACCAUGGCUAGAUGGCGCCUUAUACGUCACUAUAUUCCUUAUAACAUGGGUGGUAUAUCAGCUUGCCAUACUUCCAUUCCUAUCACCACUUAGAAAGGUCCCAGGCUUGCCUUACAAUCCCAUAGUUGGGAAUAUGAUGUACAUGUUUUCAGGAGAAGGAAUGGAGUCCCAUAUAAAAAUGGUAAAUCAGUAUGGCCCUUACGUCAGGUACUAUUUUUUAUAUGGCAAGGAGAGGCUAUUAAUAGCUGACCCAGAGGGCAUGCGACAUGUGAUGGUCACUAAUUCGAAGAAUUACGAAAGACCAAAGAAUAAAUUGAAGUACAUGAUAAUGUUACUGAUGAAUGGAUUAGUGACAAGCGGGGGCGCCAGACACGCCGUGCACAAAAAGCUAAUGUUCCCAGCGUUCAAUAACAAAUCCAUAAAUGGAAUGUUUGCGAAGUUUCACAGGCAAACUGGCCGGCUGGUCAACUAUUGGAAGAAACUUUCUGCCGGUGACUUCAUUGUACACGUCCAUAAUGAUCUCACUAGAAUUACGCUAGAUGUCAUAGGAGAGACAGCAUUUGGCUUCAAUUUUGACAGUUUGGAACAUCCGGAUUUCGAACUUGGAAAAGUUUUUCACGAACUUGUCACAGGAAUUCCGCUUUCUUUCAAACUGUUGAUUCCAUUCUAUGCCGACUUACCGUCACCCACAAACAAGAGAUUCAAGAAAAAUGUAGAAUUCGUCAGAAAUUUUGUUCAAAAUAUCAUUGAUAGCAAAAAAAUCAUGCUAGAAUCAGGAUCAGAUAGAGAGAACGUAACAAAUGAUGUUCUUGGGAUGAUGAUGGUGGCGAGGGAUGAAGAAACAGGCGAGGGUAUGUCGGAUGGGGAGUUGACAGAUCAUGUGGUCACGUUAAUGAUGGCCGGGCAUGAGACUACAGCAGUAGCCAUAGCCUGGUGUUUGCUAAUGCUGGCUAAGAAUGAAAACGUCCAAGAAAAAUUGAGAAACGAGGUAGAAACCUUUCAUCUGAGGCCAGAUGAAAUUCAUUCAAUCGAAGUUCUUGAUAGUUUGGAGUAUUGUGACUGUGUUGUUAAAGAAACGUUAAGGUUAUAUCCUCCCAUACCAUUUACGUUGAGAAAAUCUCUAAAAGCUGACGUGAUAGCGGGCUACAAAAUUCCAGCCGGUACCUUGAUGAUGCUUAGCAUGGGAGCCAUGAUGAGGCGGGCUGAUUUAUACGAAGAUCCGGAAAAAUUCAUCCCAGAAAGAUUUUUCGGAAUAUCCGGACCAGAAAGAAGCUUAAACUCUUUCCUGCCAUUCAUAACCGGCCCUCGGAUGUGCCUGGGCUACAAGUUCGCCCUCGUAGAAAUUAAGUUGACGAUAAUGGCGCUAAUUUCAAAUUUUAAAUUUGAAACUCUACCGGAAGAAAAAGACUACAAAAGAAAAGCCGGCCUAACAAUGAGGCCAGAUCCAACUCUGCGAUUAAAAUUAAUCCAAAUAAUAAAAUAAUUUAUGUAAAUAGGAUUAUUUUUUAUUAUUUAUAAUAAAUUGCCUGACAUUUUAGCCUUCAAAUAUAUUAUAAAGUUUGGUGAUAUUGAUGGAAUGUUUAACCAAAUGUAUUUAAAAACACACGCACACUUAAACACACUUACACACGCUCACAUUAACAUACACAAGCACACACAUGUAUGUAUACGUACGUGUGUGUUUGUGUGUGUAUAUGUGUGUGUGUGUGUGCGACUAUACAAGAUCAUAAUUGAAAAUGUUGAAAUCAAAUAAAUCAAACUACAUUGUGCGGAAUAGAUAAAAUUUAAGACUGAAAUAAAUAAGUGAAACAUACACAAAGACCCAAACGAACACACACGCACACACACACCCAUUAUAUAUAUAUAUUUAUAUAUAUUCAACAAUUUUAUACAAUAUUUAAAAUCAACAUUUUAAAAAAAUCAUCACACCUAAAAUACCUAUAAAGUUUUUAUAGCUAACACCGCAUUGAAGAAGAUGCUUGUAAGUAAAAGAGGUAGACAGACAGACAGACAGACAGAUAGAUAGAUAAAGAGAGAGAGAAAAGAGAGAGAGAGAGAGAUAAAAACUUAAAUAUAUAAUUAUGAACCUGCGAUCAUCGAAUCGAAAUCAUCGUUACUCUAAUCGCUUUGGUUAUUUUUUCAUCAUCAACACCCAGCAAAGAGAGAGAGAGAAAGAGAGUGAGAGAGAGAGUACGAAAGAAAGAGUGAAUGAAAGAACGAAAAAAGAAUGUAAGCAAAGUGG